AUGCAGAAUAAUAGACAGGUUGAUAGUGCCACUCAGCUGAGCAGUCGGCAAAGAAAAAGAAAACAAAGAUUAGAAAUAAAAAAUGAUGAUUAUGUGGUUGUACCUUUUAAUGAAACUCAAAUAAAUGAAGACUUUCAAGCACAAUCACAAUCCUCUUAUCAUAAAAAAAGAAAGCAGCAAUUUGUAAUUAGAACUGAUAUUCCUACAUGUUUUCUUGCUGAUAAAAUAAAGUCUGACAUUGCUGAAGUUCCUGAUCCGAUUCAAAAUCCUCGAUUGCAUGAAAUCGUUAAUAAAAAUAUGAUUCAUGGACCAUGUGGAGACUGGUACUUAGAUGAAACCGGAAGCUGUUCUAAACACUAUCCUAAAGCAUUCAAUAAUUUAACAACUUUAGAUGAAGACGGUUAUCCUCUCUGUAAGCGACGUAACAAUGAAACUUAUAGUCGUCAAGAUGAAUCUGAUGCAAAUGGGAAUCAAAUUCGAAAUGAAAUUCAUCAUGAUGAAAUUCGUAAUUACAUUGAAACUCGAUACGUUAGUCCUCCAGAAGCAUGUGCACGUAUUCUAAAUUAUUCAUUGCAUGGACGAAGUCAUGCUGUUCUGCGACUAGCAGUUCAUUUACCAAAUCAGCAGAGUGUCAUGAUCGAAGACAUUGAUAAUAAUGAUGCAAUUCAAACGGCACUCAACAGAGAGUCAAUGUUACUUGCUUAUUUUGCUUUGAAUAGACACGAUCCGCAAGCAAGAUAUCUUCCAUAUUCUGAAAUACCUACUCAGUAUGUCUAUAAAAAAUUACCAGGUGCAUCUAUUCACACUUGGGAACCACGUAAAAGUCAUUUUUAUACUUUAGGUCGUAUGUACUCCGUGAGUCCAUCGCAAACUGAAUUGUUCCAUCUUAGAAUCCUUUUGACAUGUGUUACAGGAGCUACAAGCUAUGAACAUUUGAGAACAGUUAAUGGUAUUACGUAUGAUAACUUCAUGAGCACCUGUUUGGCUUUGGGAUUAAUAGAAGAUGAUAAUGAAUGGAAAAACGCUAUGCAUGAAGCUGAAGUUUGGAUGAUGCCUCAACAGUUGAGACACUCAUUUGUAAGGAUUUUAAUACACUGUCAUCCUAUUCACCCAGAAGAGCUAAUGAAAAGUCGAGACUUGCAGAUUUUUCCAUCAAUGCCACAUAUCACUGAAGUUGAAGAGAAUGAUAGCGAAAUUUCACCUGAACAGCAUAGAGUUAUCGGAUCGAGACAGUACGAACUACUCAAUGGAGAACAACGAGAAAUAGUUGACAUUAUUUUAGAAAGAGCUGAGAAUCGGAAUAGCAGUGCAUCCAAAUGUUUUUUUAUCAACGGACCAGGUGGAUCUGGAAAAACUUUCAUUUAUACGACUUUAUAUCAUUUACUUCAAAGUCAAAAGAAAAAUGUUACAACUAUGGCUUUUACUGGCAUUGCAGCAACUUUACUUCCACGUUGCAAAACGGUUCAUAAAACAUUUAAAUUACCUAUUGCUCUGUAUAGUGAUUCGUCGCUCACUAUUAAAACACAGUCAAAAGAAGCAGACUACUGCAGAAAUAUGAAUGUCAUUAUGUGGGAUGAAGGACCAAUGUCACCAAAACAUGCCCUGUCGUUUGUUAAUCGUUCACUACGUGACGUAACAAAUUCACAAGAACCAUUUGGAGGUAAAAUAUCAAUACUUGGAGGUGAUUUUCGGCAGUUAUUGCCUGUCAAAAAAAACGCUACACGUGGUGAAUUAGUAGACCUUUCAAUAAAAUUUAGGCAUUUGUGGCCACAUUUUACACAAUUUACUCUUACUAAAAACAUGCGUACACGAGCAGAAGAAGUUGAAAUUGCAAAAUAUUUGUUAACAGUAGGUGAUGGCACAGCGAACUCCAAUGAUUCAGAUUUGAACUUACCAGAACAUUGUCUAGCAGCCCGUGAUGCUGACAUAGCUCAAGAUGUUUAUGGGGAAAUCAUGAACAAUAAACAAUUUGAUAAAUUAGCAAAAUGCACUAUUUUGUCAGCCAGAAACGUCGAUGUUGACGAUAUUAAUAUAAGAGUUGUUGAAUUGUUAGAUAAAACGACAGAAAGAAUUUAUACGAGCAUCAAUAGUAUUAAAAAUUGUGAAAACGGUGGCAUUCGAGACGCUCUUUUGCCUGAAUAUUUAGAGACUUUAAAUCCUCCAAACUUGCCUCCCCAUGAAUUGCGAUUAAGACAAUAUACAGUUGUUAUGCUCAUUAGAAAUUUAUCUGUCAAUGAAGGAUUAUGUAAUGGAACAAGAUUACAAAUUUUAGAUUUCUCAAAUCAUUUGUUAAAAUGUAAAGUUUUGACAGGUGAUAAAAUGGGGGACAUCGUUUUUAUAAAUCGUAUCGUUUUGCAUAGUGAUAAUACAUAUCCGUUUGAGUUUGGAAGACGUCAGUUUCCAAUUAAAUUAGCUUUUGCUAUGACAAUCAACAAAUCACAAGGAAAAGAAGAGCAUGACAAGGAGUAUGAUGAUGUUGUCAAAAAAGAAGAGAAACAACAGCCUAAAAUGGAACUCAAGGAUGACAAUGAUGAUGAUGACGAUGAUGCUGAUACAGUUAUUCUUGAUCCGGAGGAGUUGUAUGGGCGAGAUAUUCCAAAUUAUAAUAAAUCAUGUGCACGUCUGUCAGGUCCACAUAAAAAAUGCACUCAGGCAACCGUGGAAAUACUGACAGGUUAUUUAUUGAGAUUACAAAGUUUGCAAGUACGAAGUGCAGGUGCAUCUUUAACAGUUGAUAUAUCAAACGAUACUACCGAAAAUUACAUUGAAUGGCAAGACUUGGAGAUUGUAUUACAAACAGAAUGA